AGCGCGGCGUUCACGCUGCACGCUACCGCAUUACUUCCUUUUUAAGACUUCUCCACUCGAUCUUGGAUGGAAAACCGACGAUCUUUAGAGUCCCUAACAGUUUUGGAGCUGGAAGAAUUGCUCUCAAAGCAGCUUCACUUACGCGACCAGUUUGUCAAAUGAGAACAUCUGAUUCAUUUAUUUUAGUUUUCUUCCCAAGUUGCCUGAUUCCGGUGAAAAACUAGUGAGGUCAAUUGAAAAGAUUCGGGAUAUAUUAUCAGAGAAAAAGGUACUGAAGUCUUAACCAGUCGUACGGUGAUUCCUUCCUAUAGACUCGCCUCCUUAAAGAUGACGAAAGCCAUCCCAUAGCGAAUAAGGAAACAAAGGUCACUCAUGGAUUAUCGAAUUUGACUUCGAUUCAUGAAGGAAGCGAAUCGGAAACUUGUACUAAUACAGAUCCUAAAGAAGAUUCCAUUGAUAGUCUAUCAAAUAAUCUUUCCAAUAUAUCUAUUAGUUUACGUAAGUACUUGUUUAUUUCCAACCUUUAUUUACACAUUCUACUUAUUUUAGCUUUUAGUAAAGUCUUACCAUGUGAUAGCAUUUAAUCACUUGAUGAUCAACUUCCACAAACAUAACAUGUUCUCUAGACCAUAAAAGUAUAAAGUGCUUAAAAACAGCUUGUAUCUGAGAUCACUCUUAGUGAUUAUCCAUUGGAAAUUAUCAAGAAUUUCGUGUCUGUGAAGCGGUGGCUUGAUGGUUGAGGGGUUCGGCUGUCACUCGUGAAUUCCUAGGUUCGAGCCUCGUUUUAUCUAAUUCGCUUUACGCAAUCGGUUAGUCUCAUUAUCUUUCACACUUAGUGUGGCUCAUACAGAAGUAGCCGGUGAAUGAGUAAACCUAAUUUCUGAUUUCGCACUUCUGGAUAGUUUCAUGACCUAUGAUAAUAGACCCACCGAUGAUAUUAGUCUUCAUGUAGGUAAAGCUAAAGCGAUUCACACCAAUCUUGAUCAUCUUCGGCACUGUUUUGAUCAAGUCUGUCUAUCCUUGUAAAAACUAGCCUACAAAGUCAUAAGUUUUACUAUCAAGUUUUGAUUUGAUAGUCUUAAAUAACUUAAGCACUGAGUAAUUUGUUUUUGAUAAUGAAGUAAUAAUAUAUUUGUAAUACCCCAAUGAACAGAAAAUCCAACAUAUAUUCCGGCAAACUAAAUUAACUUGAUCGGUCUUCCAACUCAGUAGUACAUGGAUCCACUUACCCGACUGUUAGUUACACCUAAUUCAGAUGUGAACAUAACACUCAAAAGAAUUUUAGAACCAAUGACCUAUACAUCCAUUUGAAUUAUAGUAUAUUUGUAAUAUCUCAUUUGGAUUGCUGAUCUGUGGUAUUGUAAUUUGUUUCGUCAUAGAAGAACAAACCAAAUUACAUUAGAACAAUUUUAAAUGGUACGAAUUGAAAAGUCAAAACAUUUAAUGUACCCUGGACAAGCCUAAUUGUGCUAAUGUUACUAUCAUUCAGGUCAGAGGUGAUUCUAUACAAGACAUGUGUGUGUAUUCGUAUAUAUUUAAGUGGGUGUGAAAAAAUAUGAUCUUUUUAACGUGAAGGUUUAGCGUUACUUUGUAUGUAUGCUAACGGUUUAAGGUUUGAGCAGGUUAAGUGUUGCCAUUUGAAAUAAUGGUCCCAGUUCAAUGAAUAGUUAGUUCACGAGUAUGUGGAUUCGUGUACAAUUGAGUUGAAAAAUUAAUUAACGUAAUUUAGUUUAUCAAAAUACAUGUACUGAGGGUUUCAUCAGUUAAAUUAGUUAGUAUUUACUUGCAGUAGAUCAUGUCUAAAUCUUAGUCAUUCUGGAUAAAAUUUUAGUCUAGUUUGGUUUCCAUAUCUUUUAAUAUUCAUGCCUCUACAGUAUAUUGUAUUAUCAUAUUUUAAAGGAAUAGAUAGUCCAAAUGUAAGACUCAUAAAUUUUACCGUGAUCUUUUAACAACUUUCAUUAUCCUGUAAGAGCUGACCUCUAUUUCCAUAAUUUAUCAGCUCAACGCAUGCCACCGUCAAGAUUUGAAUAAGUUCCUCAAUAUGAGUGUGAUUCGUAGUUUACAUUUAAUCACGGGCACAUGUUUUACGAUUGGUACCGUGAAAAUAUUUUAAUACUUCCAUAGCAUCAUUGUCAUUCAAUGGCUGACUUUUUGGAAAAAUCUCAUGCACUUUACUAGUUUCAUAUGUAUUACUUCAUUGUAUUAUAUUACUACAGCUUUUAAUGAUACUACUUCAGAUUCGGAUGAAAAAUAUGAUAAUAUUUCAUGUUUAUCGUAUGAUGAGUAUACUGGCAUUAGACAAUCGUUAAAUCUUCCAUGCUCUUAUAUUUCAAAUUCGUUCCAAUGGUUCACCUUCUCAUUUCGGUUCGUGGGUAAUUUAGUAUAUUUAUCUGUAUUGGAUUGUAGCAAUCCUAAUCGAAGCCUUUUACGUGCUGGUCUUGUAAACACAUGGUUUCCUGAUAUGAAUUGUAUUAACGCAAAAUCCACUUUGAAUGAAAUACCAUUGAAAAAAGUAUCACUUAGUCAACCAACACAUGCAUUACAUGAUUUAUGGUUAUUUAUGUCAACAACCAGUGGUAAAAAUAAAGUUGUAAUAUCAAAUGCAAGGACCUAUUGCCUUAUAUGCUACUCUUCAAAUAAUAACAUUAAUAAUCCUAGCAAUUUCGAUGAUAUAAUUUAUCUUAGUCGGUUAAUACGUUCUACGCGUCAUUCGAAUAUUGUUCGUUCAGCUCAGCCGCAUGAUUGUUAUUUCUCUAAUGCUUUUUAUGCCUUGAAUACAAUAACUCUCAGUAAUAAUGCCAAUAAUGAUAAUAAUAUUAGUAAUAAUAAGAUUGAUAAAAUUGUUCAAUUCAUGAAUGAUAUGGAAAAACAAGAUAAUCAUUUGUCACAUUGUAAAACAUCACCUACACAUAUCCGUCGAGAAUUUAUUAAAAAAUGUUAUGAACUCUAUGAAUUAAUGUUUGACAAGUUGCCUUCACCUUCGAAUAACGACGAAAACACAAUGAAUAAUGUAGUAUUACGGUAUUUUUCAAAUUCAUUGGAAUAUUUGAAGUUGUCCAAAGCUAAAACAAUAAUGUGGAUGGAGGCACCUAUUGAGCUAUAUCUUUUGCGUAAACUUAAAACUGCUUGCAGUAUCAUGACGAAUAAAUCUACUUUGGAUUCAACAAACAACAAAGUCAAUGAUUUGAAUAAAAUAUCUGACAAUAUUUUACGUCGAUUAGCCGUUGUUGGUUUAGGUCGAACCCGUUUAACCCGUUUAGCUGGUCUAGGCGGGUGGAAACAAUUUGCUGGGUUUUUAUCCUAUCGUCCGUCGUCAUCAUCAUCGAUUUCAGGAAAUUCCAAGAUUACUAGUCACACAAAUGAAGAAGCGGAUAUCGUUAGAAAUGCUUUUGUCACUGAUGAUCUAGAAACUAUUCGUAUACUUUAUGUUUAUUUUCGUAAUGUUUACAAAAAUCUUGAUCGUCAUGAAAGAUGUUAUUUAGAAAAUAAUAGUAACCAUCAUCAUAAAAAUCUAAUGAAGUCAUUCUCAUCGACGAAGUUAUCUAAUAAACAGCAUCGUCCAUUUCUAUUGUCCUACUUAGAUUAUCACUGUGAUAAUGCCGAAUUCGAUGAUGUUACUAAUAAACAUGAUAAAAAAUAUAUAUUAAGUGACAAAAUACAAGCAUGGAUAUCUUCUGGUAAUCAAUUAUUCGAUCCUCUUGGGCAUCGUCAAUUAUGUCCACUCAAUAUAGAUCAAUCAAUAGACCUAAUGAAAAAUGUACAAGCAAACUAUGAAAAAUCUCGAAUCAAAUUAAAAUUACCACCUUAUCCUAGUAUACCGGCAGAACCAAUCAAUUUGAAUCGUUACCGUGAUCCAUCACUUCUGUUAUUGAAGGAAAUGGACUCUUCGUCAUCAUCACUCUCCACAUCUUCAUCAGAUGCAGAAAAUUCAGAUACAGAUAAUGACUCACUUGGACUUGAAGAUGUUGAUUAAAACGUUAGGCUUUUUUUCCUUACGAUAUAUUGUAUAUAUGUUAUUUUUGAUAGUUUCAAGAAAUAAAUUAAAAUUUGACUUCAUUAUCUUAUU